CCCCGCCCCCCGAGGCCCCGCCCCCACGCUGGCCCCGCCCCCAGGUGCACCUGGUGGGCAUCGACAUCUUCACGGGGAAGAAGUACGAGGACAUCUGCCCCUCCACCCACAACAUGGACGUGCCCAACAUCAAGCGCAAUGACUUCCAGCUGAUCGGGAUCCAGGACGGGUACCUGUCCCUGCUGCAAGACAGCGGCGAGGUGCGGGAGGACCUGAGGCUGCCCGAGGGGGAGCUGGGCAAGGAGAUCGAGCAGAAGUACGACUGCGGGGAGGAGAUCCUGGUACGGCCCGGGGGGGGCGCUAUGGGGCGCUGGGGGGGG